CAAAUUUAGCACACUAUUUAAUUAAUAAUUCUAAUAUACUCUGCUUAAUUAAGCACUUAAAAAACCAUCUUAUAAAAAAGCUUUAAAAAGUAAAAUAUAAAUAGCAUUUUAGAUAUAGCUUUAUGAUAUAGUCGCCAACAUAAGAGUUUCACAUAUUAGAUGAGGUUGCCAUAUUAAAAUCUAAAUUUGUGGUUAACAAAAAAAUUGAUGAUUAUGAAAAAAUCUCAAAAGCAAUGGCUUUCUUUUUCCAAAGCUUUUUAGAAGUACAAAAUACAUAUUUAAAUAGUUUAUAAUAGCUGUUAGAUGGAUAAAAAUAAGGUUAAAUGGUAGAUUAGCAAAUUAAUAUUUACAACAUAUUUUAAGAGUCAGAAUUUGAUAGAGACAUAAAUAUCAAGGAGUUUUCAAUCAAGCUUAGAAAAGAACUUUUAGAUAAAGUAGAACAAUAAAAGAAAUUUUGCAAUUAUGUUUAAACAGGUAUUAUAGGCGAAAUAAAUAAAAUAAAUGAAUAAAUGAUAGAUAUGAGAAGCUCUUUUAAUAGAAUUAUAGAUGAAGAUAUAAUUACAUCUAGACAGGCAUUUUUAAAAGAUUACGAAAAUGAAAAAAUACCUUUAACUUAAUUAUAAAACUGGUCAGAUGAUGCCAAUUCAGCUCUAUAGUGUUUGAUUAAUAAUUCUAAGAGCUAAUCAAAAGUUUCUUGCAGUAAACUAAUUGAUAUAGGAUAGAGAUUUCUCAAAACUUAAACAGCUUAAAAGCUGCAUUAGUACUUGGAAGAAGAGCAAGUAGAAUAAAAUUAAAUGAAUUUCUAGGGAAUUUCUAAAGGCAUAUCAUCUGUAGUAGCACCUUAUCACGAACAUAGAGAAUCUUAUUUUCCAUCAAACAGAAAGAGUAUGUAUUAAAAUAUUUAAGCUUCUCGAGACAUAAAAGAAAGAAAUAACACUCUCUUGAAAGAGAUGCUUCUUAAAAGUUAGAAUGUGAAUAAAAUAGUCGACCAAAAAGAGACUUUUUUCAAAGAAAAUUUAGAAGAAAACAAGUAAAAAGUUAAAUCAAAGAAAAAUAAAUAUGGUGAACAAAAGGAAGUUAACGAUUUGAAGGUUAAAAUAGAUUAUAAUUAUCAUUAAGAUUUAAUAGACUUGAUAACUCCAUUUACUGAUUAAUUAAAGAUUAAAUACAAUCAAAAAUAAUUUGAGAUUCUAUUAUAUAGCUUGAUUGUAUUUAAAAUAUAAAAUCAUGAUAUUUUUGACUAGGAUGAUAAAAGUAGCAUAAAAGAAUUGUUUAGAGAGUUAUUUAAAAUAACUCCUGAAUAAGAUGCUUUGAUUCACAGCAUAACUCAUAACUAACCUAUUGAUGAAAAUCUUUUAAACUCUUCUGCUAUUAAAGAAAAAGAUCUUGAUACUUCUGGAAGCUUCAUAAGCUCAAAAUUCAAAAGUAUUUUGAAUAUAAUGAAUAUAUUAUCUAAUAAAUAGUAGGCUGAAAAUUUUGAAAAGGGAAACAAUAUUUUAUAAAUUUUGCUUUAUAAAAUUAUAAAUUUUUCAGAAAAAGAUUCAUUAAUAUAGAAAAAUUAAGAUUUUAUGAAAAAUCUACUUUAACAUCUUCUAAUUACAGUUGCUUUAAAUAAUCAAUGGUACUGUAACAUUAAUUACGAAUUAAAUUCUGCUGAAUUUGAUUAAUCUGUUGAAUCAUUUGAGUCUUUUGCUAAAAUUUUCUUCUGUAAUAUAAUUAAAUAUGAAGAUAUUCUAAUGAAUAUAAAAGAAUAACAAACUUUGCUUAUCUAAACAAUCACUUACCCAUUAUCGUACUAAAUAAUCAAAAUAUUAAUUAAAUAACUUAUUUUCCCUUAUGAUCCUGAGCAACAAUCAGAUUUCUAGAUGCUACAUGAACAUUGGGUUGAUAGCUUUGAGUUAAUAAAGAGCUUUAGUGAUAAUUACUUGAAAUUGAGUAGCCAUACCUUAAAAAUUAUCCUCAUUUAUGAAUGUUAUACAAAUUAUAUUAAAAUGUUUAAAAGUGUAAAAAAGUUUUAGUUUUUACUUUGCUUUAAAGAGUUAACUUUAGAUUUCCAUUUUGAUAAUGAAAGAGGGACAUUUUAAGGUGAACAAAUUAUUUAAACUUAACUUGUGAAUGAGCUUGUGUUUGAUUUAAAAGAUGUUUGUGAUAAUAUCCAUAAAUAUGUCAUGUUAAGUCACUCUGCAUUUCCAUAUUUCUGCUAAAUAUAUGAUUAUUUACUAUCAUUUUACUUACUGAAUGAAAAGGACACAAAAUAAAAUUACAUAUAAUAGCAUUUCGUACACUCAGGAAAAAAUCUUUCUUUUGAGCUGAUGAAGAUUAGCGGUUUUGUCACAUUAAAGUAGCCUUCACUUAAUGUGAAAAUUCCUCUUGAAAAAUCUAUAAGUUUAGAAGCAGACCAAACAGAAUAAAUACCCUCUGAUAAUUAAUAGGAUAAAAUUGUAUAAGAAGAAAACAACAACAACAAUACAAAGUAAUAGUCUGCUAGCUUUCAAAAUAUUUCUACAAAAAAUUAAGAUUAAAAUAUAAAUAAUAUCUUUUUGCAUGAUAAAAAAGAUAACAGUUUAACAGAUUUCGAAAAUCAAAUUUAAUAUUCUGAUUUGGAUGACAUAUAAUAGCAAUAACCAGGUGAAAGCCAUGAUAAGCAGCUUAUAGCUGAAACAAAUUUGAAAAGAAUAUAUAAAAUUUUGAGCUGUCUGCAUGAAGAAAAAGAUCAUAUUUUUCUAUUUAGUAUCUAUAUUCCUGAAUUCUAAAGGCAAUUCGAUUUCAAAUAGCAUGAGUUAAUUGUUUUGUUUGUUGAUAAUCUCCUUUCAGAUAUCAAUGAAUAAAUUAAAAUUCUUAUACAAAAUAAAACUGAUAUUCCUAAAUCGUCAUAUGAAUUAAUACUUUUGAUAUGUCAAGAAUUAUAAAAAUUUGACAAAAUUACAAACUUCACUAAGGAUCUUUCAUAUUAUGAAAUAGCAUUACCAUUGCUUGAUUUAUGGCUUGAAAAUUACAAAUUUGAGUUGGCAAAUAUGACAACCAAGUGUAUUCAAAAUGAAAGAUGGGAAAAUCAAGAGAGCGUUGGGAAUCAAGUUUACUACAAUAGCAAAAAUAGCUAAGAUUUUGUAUCAAUCUUAUUUAAAUCCAUAGAGAAUCUUUUAGUUUUAAGUUGUCCAUAGUCUUUUAGCUUUACUAAAAUUAUAAAUUAUCUAAUCGAAACUAUUCUUUUAGAUACUUGCGAUUAUUAUUGCGAUAUUGUACUCUCUAGCUUGUCUGAAUUAUCAAAGAAUAUUCAAGAUAUAUAAUUUUAGCCAAUUGACAAGUACUGCGAAGAGAUUAUCAAAGAAGACAUAUUCCAAUAAGAAACUAAUUUGUAAGUUUUGAGAUCAAUUUGCUUGAGAUUAGGAAAUUUAAGAUUUUUGGCUGAUUAAAUUAACUAAAAUUCACAUCUGAAGGGAUAAAGUAUUUUAGAAAUCAUAAAUGAUAACAUCAACUUUGCAUCGAAAAAAGUUUCUGAAAUUCUUGGAAAAUCAUUUGUAUUCAUUUUUCUGAAGAAUUUCUUUGAUUGUUACCUAUAAAAUUUAGAUUCUCACUAGCUAAAUUAAUAAUCAAUUAAAGAAUUCUCUGUUAGUGCUUUUUAUGGAAUAAUCAAUCUACUCCCUAAUUAUAAGGCGUAUUUCUCAUUGAUAUUAAGAAGAGUUCCAAGAUCUUCAUUUAGCUAUAUUUAGAAUAUUAUAGUUGACUAAUUUGAAAAGUAAAUGAUUACUUGCUUUGUCGACAUAAAUAAGCUAGAUAAAAUACAAAAUUAAAAGAAGUUUGGCUUAUUCCUUCAAAAUGAAAUUGACUUUUGCCGAGAUUAUCUCAAAUCUUACUUCUAAGAAGGUUUCAACCUUUCUUAGGUGUAUAAAAUAGCUAUAUUAUAUUAAAAAGAAACAUCAGAUCUAAUAAUGUAAAUAUCAAACUAAAAUCUCCCUGAAUUUGACCAUUAACUAGCCUUCAGGAUUAUAUACAUGAGAAAAAAAUAUGACUAGUCUGCCAAAAAUUAUGUUACAAAACAUUAACACAAAUUUAUAUAGAAAAAAACUUUUAAUUUAAAAAAAUUCUUGCAAAAUAUUUGAAAAUGAUAAUAGUUUAUAUAUUGUAAAAAUUAAUAAAUGCAAUUUAUUUUUUUAACUAAAAAUUUUAGUUAAUUAAUAUUAAAAUUUAAAUGGUUGUUAAAAUAAAUUUUAUGAGGUAAAAUUUGAUUUAAAAAACUAU